ACGAGAGCGAGGCCAGCAAUAUGUUCCAAACCAACACUGAGUAUGACCGUGGCGUGAACACAUUCUCGCCCGAGGGGCGACUCUUCCAGGUCGAGUACGCCAUCGAAGCCAUCAAGAUGGGCACCACAGCCAUCGGCAUCCGCACAAAGGAGGGCGUCGUGCUCGCCGUGGAGAAGCGUCUGACGUCGCCGCUGCUGGAGCCUGGCAGCAUCGAGAAGAUCAUGGAGGUGGACCGUCACGUGGGCGCUGCCAUGAGCGGCAUCACCGCCGACGCCCAGACGCUGAUCGACCACGCGCGCGUGGAAGCCACCAACCACUGGUUCUCCUACAACGAGCCUGUGCGCGUGCAGGCGCUGACGCAGUCCAUUUGUGACCUGGCGCUGAGCUUCGGCGAGGGCUCGGAUGAGAACAACCACAAGCAGAAGAUGAGCCGCCCGUUCGGCGUGGCGCUGCUGCUCGCUGGCGUGGAUGAGGCCGGCCCGCAGCUUUUCUUCUCGGAGCCUUCGGGCACGUACUGGCCCGUAAAGGCCCACGCUAUCGGCUCUGGAUCUGAAGGCGCGCUCAACAACCUCAAGGAUGGCUACACGGACGAACUGACGCUGCAGGAGGCCGAGACACUGGCUAUUGGCGCGCUGAAGCAGCACAUGGAGGAGAAGCUUACGAGUAUCAAUGUGGAGCUGGCUAUUGUUACGCGCGAAAAGGGCUUCCACGUCUGCACUGCCGAGGAGCUGGAGGUCGUGAUCGGUCGCCUGUAGACGAACAAACAAGGCUGUGAGUGAUGGGUAGCCCCGAACCUAAAGUGCCCCGCGCAUCGGUGGUUCUUCAGCAUUUAACUCCGGAAUGAACGCCG